AUGCUGGCUAAUAACAGUAGCAGCAGCAGUCACAACAGUAUGAGGGGCUUGCAGCUCUUUAUAGCGGACCUACGAGGGUCAGUUCACACGGAAGAUCGGGAGAAACGAGUUCAGGCAGAACUGGUUAACAUUAGGAGACAAUUUGGUGCAGGCAAUGAUAGUGAGCGUGCGAAAGGCGGCAUUCCGUCCCGCCCAAGCUCAUCUUUAAGUGGUUACCAGCGUAAAAAAUAUGUUGCAAAGUUGGCAUAUAUCCUCAUCGCCACGAACACGACACGAACUGCGGACUUGAUGUUUGGUCUAGAUGAAUGCUGCGAACUGAUGGCAUCCACAGUGUACUCCGAAAAAUAUAUCGCGUACAUGACGCUGGAAUUACUAUACUAUCAUCCAGAUGUGGCCCAACUGGCCGGUGACCGCAUUAUCCAGCAGCUCAAACUUGAUCUGGCGUCAAGUACCGACAAUUCCGUGUGCUUGGCCCUAAAUUUCCUAGCAGUUGUGGGGAAGUUUAACAGUGUUCUGACCACUGAACUCAUACAUGAAGUGUUCCAGGUGCUGCGAUCACCCACAUCCGCGCAGAUUCUCAAAAAAAAGUCGGCUCUAGCAUUUUUGGCUCUUCUCCGCAACGACUCCAGUAUCUUGACCCAAGACGCCAGGCGCAAACAGCUUUGGAUCCAACGAAUAAUGAGUCUUUUGGAUGACACGAACGAUUACAGACUUAUGGUAUCCGUUCUUCCUCUGAUAGAAUAUAUCGCGCAUGACGUGGACGGACAGGCAUGCAUCAAACUCAUACCCCAGCUUUCCGACAUCCUCUUCAAUUGCGUUUCUGGCAAAGGCGAAGCUUCGCAUGAGUUAUCGAGUCAUGAAAACAUUCCCAAUCCUUGGCUUGUAACCAAAAUCGUUUCCAUUCUCAAUUUCCUAAUUAGCUCACCUUCUAGCGCAGAAGGUGAAAUCACUUUCAGCGAUAUCGACCAAGGAACAUUGGGCAAACUCAGAUCGUCUGUUACCAAGGCAAUUGAGAUUGGAACGCAAUCAGCUGUUGACGCCGUUGCACGGACUGUUAAAAACACAAUCUUGUUUUCACUUAUAAACUUUGCCUCCAAACUGGAUCCUUCGACCGAUGCCAUAAUCAGUUCAGUUACUGCCUUGUGCUCGCUACUGACAUCUACAGAAACAAAUACUCGCUACCUAACUCUGGACUGUCUCAUCAAAUUAUGUUCAGUCAGCGGGAAGAGUGCCCGAGACGAUGUGCGAGCAAAGCACAUGGAGCAAUUGUUUAGUCUUUUAAUGAUGGAGCGUGAUACGUCCAUUGUACGGAAACUAGUCAAUCUGCUCUGCACCUUCACUGACAGCACUAAUGUCAAGCCCAUCGUGAACGCUUUGCUCAGAUUUAUGACAGACUCUAGACAUAGCGACCAUGUGAUCCGCACCGACAUCGCUGUCAAAAUAGCGAUUUUAACAGAGAAGUUCGCCACAGACACUACCUGGUAUGUGGUGGUCUCACUUCAAUUGUUGUCUAUUUCGACAUUCUCACUAGGCAGCAGUAAUAUAUGGCAAAGAAUUUGUCAAAUCGUUGUCAACAAUAAAAGUCUUCAUAAGCUCACUUGUCAGCGCCUUCUAGAGUAUUUGCAACAAAAAAAUGUUUCAGACGCAAUUGUUAAGGCCGGUGCGUUUAUUUUGGGCGAAUUUGCAGAGUUAUUGGCUCCCGAAACAUCUUGCGGUGAACUCUUUAAUCUUUUCACUGACAAGUACUUUUCAGUAUCGAACUUAUGCCGGGCAAUGAUACUUACGACGAUGAUGAAGCUUUACAACAGAGACGCGCAGAUUGGAUCAGCUGUCAUAAAGUUUUAUCAACUUGAGCUCAAUUCCCUAGAUGUCGAAUUGCAGACCAGGUCAUAUGAAUAUUUGAAAAUCAUUCAGUUGGAAAAAAUCAGCGGCUUGCAAUUAACUGCAUCCCUAUUUGAGCCGAUGCCACCAUUUAGCAGCAACAAAAAUCCUUUGCUUGACCGUUUAGGCAGCUCCGCAUUGAGCACCUCUGAGUCAACGAGUGAUUUUUCUGCUGCUAACAGCACUUCAACUGCCCCAACACCUCCGCCAACCCGCAAAAACAAAAACCUGUCCCGUAAUCUGAAGUACGACGAUCAGCAGUUGGCUGCGUCUUGGCAAGAUGGCUUUAGGAGAAUGCUCAAGCACAAACAAGGAGUGUUUUAUGUGUCACAUUUCGUGAAGAUUCUUUAUCGUCUAACUGUUGCGCCGGCGCAACCGGAACUUUUGGAAGUGGCUCUCACAUACAUCAAUGUUUCGGAUCAGCCUAUAACAUCCUUGUUGACCGAGAUCAUUCCGUGCAAAACCGGAAAUAAUCCGCCAUACAUUACGAAAGUAAUCAACGUUCCCCAUUCGAGUCUUUCCAAAGGAGAGCGAACCACACACAGAACGGAGAUACUGACUCGCCGUGCGAGUCCUUUAGACCAAAGUCCAAUCCUCAACGUGAGCUUAAAAUGCGGUGGUCAUAUAAGUUCGAUAUCUUUGAAGGUCGCAGCUGGAAUUUCCAAUACAAUUCUCACGAGCCAAGCUGCAAAUAAACCGCAGGUAAGUCUAUCCCAAUUUGUUCAGCGCUGGAAAGCUCUCAGCGAUGCUUUAGGCAAAAAUGGUGAAUGUCAUAUCAAGACUAGGGCCGUUUCGAUGCGAUCGUUUGAACAAGUUAGCGGUUGUAUUCAAAAAAUGGGGUUUGAUGUCAUUGACCAAGCAAUGGUGGGAGACACUGUUUUCGCUGCAGGCAUCAUUCACACUAAAAACGACGGUAAUUCGGGUUGUUUAUUAAAACUAAGAUGCCAGGACAAGGAAGUUGAUAUCACUUGUAAAUCAACCCAGGGAAGCCAACUUUCCGGGCUAAUCGUAGAGUCUGUUUGUGAGGCGCUUAUUUAG